AGAAUUUCACUACGAGAGAGAGAGAGAGAAGAAAAAGGGACAAAGCAGGUCUGCUUGGUGGUGGAUGAAAUAACUUUCCAAUUGCUAAAACAAACAGGACCAACAUUUUUUGAGCACAUGUUGUGUUUGCUCUUUUUCUCUUACAUGUUUAUAUGUGAUAUAUGAUGAAGAUUUACAUGUAUAUACUUUGGUCUGGGGAGCCACGUGUGGGGUUCACACUUCACACCAUUGCUGACUGAUACAAUAAUGACCUUCUUCCUUUCCUUGCUCCUGCUCUUCCACUGCGUUCAAACUCAUUAAUAAACUAGUCACAGGCCAAAGGGUGUUACGGUAUUAGUGUUUUUGUGUUGGUGUUGGUGUUGGUGUUAGUGAUAGUGUUAGUGUUACUUCUCUUUUAGAGGUGAAGGGUAGAAUGGCGAGUAAGCGGAAAAAUGGUGCGAAGGGAGAGAUUGUGGAUGGUUCCAAGAUUAUGGAGUUGGUGGGAAAUGAACAGGUUUUCAGCAACUUUGUGGACAAUAAGUUUGAGGAGUUGGAUAAGGACAGAGAUGGGAAACUCUCCAUGAAGGAGCUUGAACCUGCUGUUGCUGACAUCGGUGCUGGCCUUGGUUUGCCUGCUCAAGGCACUAGUCCUGAUUCAGAUCACAUCUAUUAUGAGGUCUUGAAUGAGUUCACCCAUGGCAAGCAAGAAAAAGUAAGCAAGAUGGAGUUCAAAGAGGUCCUCUCAGACAUUCUUUUGGGCAUGGCUGCUGGACUAAAGCGAGACCCUAUUGUUAUACUUCGCAUGGAAGGGGAAGAUCUACUUGAGUUUGUGAAUGGUCCAAGUUAUGAAGCAGAAAUGGCAUCCAUUUUCUCUCAGAUUGAGUCCCCAAGUGGAUCACUUCGUGAACAUGUAAUUGAAGCUUUUGGGAGACUCACUGUUGAUCAAGGAGUUCCUCCCACGUCAGAUUCUUGGGUUUUCAACAACGUUGUGGAUCCAGCACUGUCUCAAGCUGGGCCUGCUUUGGACAAACCUGCUGCUCAGGAGACAUUUUUGGAAGAAUUUAAGAAAGUGGCAUUCAGUGUGGUUGAUAUUCUUAAAGAGAAACCUGUCAUUGUCGCCCACAGUGAAAACACAUUUGAUGGACGCGGCGUUAAGAGACUUUUAUCCAACAAGUUUGAACUAGAACGGACUUUGAACUUGGCUUUAGAGAAUCUGCCAAAAGAUCGCAAUGGAAAAAUAUCAAAGGACUAUCUGCGGGUGGCACUAGAUCUGGUGUCUCCAUCUGCUGGUUUGCCUCCAGUUGGUGCAAUUGAAGAGAUGGAUAAAGUUAUCGUUGAAGCCUUUAAGAUGGUGAAUGCCGAUGACACAAACACGGUUACAGAAGAAGAAUUCAAGAAAAGUUUAACUGAAAUAUUGGGGGGUAUCAUGUUGCAGUUAGAGGGCAAUCCCAUAUCUGUUUCUUCAAACUCAGUUGUGCAUGAGCCUUUAGGCUCAUCUUCUACACUCUUGCAGCCAUCUUCUAGUGAGACAGCAUAGUUGUCUCAAGUUUAUCACCGGUCAAAAAACUAAGUUCAAUCAUUUUUCUUAUUGAUGCAAAUUGUUACUGGCAUAGUCUCUUUUCAAGAGUCACUUUGUAUGCUGUGGGAUUAUUUAUGGAUCUGAAAAUGAUAGAAUUCCAUUGAAAAAAAAAAAAAACUCAAUUAUCCUUU